AUGCUGAUUCUCCUUCUGCUCACCAGUCCUUUUCUCCUUCUCCCAUGGGCUGAGGCUGGUGAGAUCAUUGGCGGAUCCGAAGCUAAGCCCCACUCCAGGCCCUACAUGGCUUAUCUAACAAUUGCAAAUGAGUCACAUACAUCUCACUGUGGAGGGUUCCUGCUUCGCCCGGAUGCAGUGCUCUCAGCAGCUCACUGUGUGGCUGGAAAAAGGCACAGCAAGGCUCUCUAUGAGCUGAGCAAGCCCCUGAACGCGAAAAUCACUGUAAUCCUGGGAGCCCACAACAUCCAUAAGAAUGAGCCAAGCCAGCAGGAGUUCCAUGUUGGUCACUGGGUCAUCCACCCCAAGUAUUCAAUGGAUACCUUUAAAAAUGACAUCAUGCUGCUGAAGCUGAAGCCAAGGGCCAAGCGGACUAAGGAAGUGAGUCAGAUCCCCUUGGCCAGUCACAACGAGCAUGUGCAACCGGGAGCUAUAUGCAAAGUGGCUGGCUGGGGCAGGACUUCUAAGACACGGGCUAAAACUAGUGUGCUGAUGGAGGUGGAUCUGAAAGUGCAGAGUGACAAAGUGUGUGAGAAGCAUUCAAAAAAUUACCUGUGUCAGUCUAUGAUUUGUGUUGGUGAUGAGGAUGGCAAAAAAUCAACUUUCAAAGGUGAUUCUGGUGGCCCAUUAGUCUGCAAUGGGAAGGCUCACGGCGUUGUUUCUUAUGUUUCUUAUGGGCGAAAAUAUUACCUCUUCCCUAACGUAUUUACCAGAGUCUCCUGGUUUAUACCCUGGAUACAAGAAGAGCUGAGGAAAUUUGCACUCCAAGACCUGCCUGACUCUCUCUCCUCUGACUAA